UUGCUGAUGUCGAAAAGGCUUUUCUGAUGAUUGAACUUGAACCAGAGGACCGUGACGUGUGUAAAUUUCUGUGGGCGAAGGACCCUAUGCAACCACCAACUGGCGAGAACCUGGCUGUUUAUAGAUUUUGCCGUGUGGCUUUUGGAGUUGUUUCAUCUCCGUUUAUGUUGGCUGCCGUUAUCCGUGCUCACUUGGCUAAAUUUGGACCUGAACAAGAUGCAGUGUUAUUCAGAAACGUGUACGUGGAUAAUCUACUCAUUGAGUGUGAAAAUAUGGACGAAGCAUGAACAAAAGCCAUUACUGCUAAAGAAGUGUUCAGACAAGCUAAAAUGAACUUACGUGAAUAUAUCUCCAGCUCAAUUGAAGUCAUGAGUGCACUGCCGGAAGAGGACCGACUUGAGCAAACACAAGCUAAAGUUCUGGGAAUUACCUGG